AAUGAGGGCUCGGCUCCUCACAUACGAAGAUGUGGCGCCACGGAUAUGUGUGAUUUUUGACACACUUGGAAAGUUUUAUUGAAUUUUGAGCGUGAUAUUAGAGGAUUCGAGGAGAGGAUGGCGUCCCCUGUGAGAGGACAAGAGCAGGGUUGCCUGAGUGCUCAAGAGAUGGAUGAGCAGCGUCAGAAAAAUAUAUCUUACCAGUACCUGUGUCAUCUUGAGGAGGCAAAGAAGUGGAUGGAAGCAUGUAUCAAUGAAGUGUUGCCAGAAGCUGAGAAUUUAGAACACCACCUACGCCAUGGUGUCUACUUGGCAAAGCUGGCUCAUUUCUUUGCGCCAGAAACUGUUCCGCUGCGGCGUAUAUAUGAUGCAGAUCUGACCAAAUUUCGAACAAGUGGGCUAACAUUCAGACACACAGAUAAUAUUAACUAUUUUCUCAAGGCCCUAGAAAAAAUUAAAUUGCCAAGUAGCUUCUAUCCUGAAACAACAGAUGUGUAUGAUCGGAAGAACAUGCCUCGAGUUGUGUUUUGCCUUCAUGCUCUCAGUCUCUAUCUUUUUCGGCUUGGGAUUGCUCCUCAGAUACAGAACCUGUAUGGAAAAGUUAUAUUCUCAGAGGAAGUAAUGCAAGCUAUGAUGAAGGAACUUAGCAAGUAUGGUUGUCAGCUACCUCAGUUUGGGAAGAUUGGUGGCAUUCUUGCAAAUGAGUUGCCAGUAGAUGAGGCAACUCUACAUGCUGCUGUAAUUGCUGUCAAUGAGGCAAUUGAAAAGGCUGAUCAUUACGAGUUGCUUGAAACUCUUCGCAAUCCUUCAUGUCAUUUGCAGAAUAUUCUUGAAGAGAAUAUUGACAGCUAUCUGCAAUAUCUUUCUGAUGUCAAGAUGCAUAAAAGAGAAAUGGCUAUAAAUAAGAGCCGGGAUCAAGACUACAUACCAGAUGCUUAUGAUGAACUUCUCACCCAGGCCGAGAUCCAGGGACACAUCGGCAACAUCAAUGCCUCUGUUGCUAUGGAGAGAUUAGAAGAUGCGAUUAGAGAUGAGAAUGUUGAGGCCUUGCUCCAAGCACUCUACUGCCCAGUUCUUUGUCUCAAGGACAUUAGACGAGACCUUGGCAAAGAAUACCUUGUGGCCUUGUCUAAGGAGCUGGCCAACUCUCAAACCCAUUCUUACAACCACAGCUUCAACUACAGCUUCAAUAUGUCAUACCAAUCAACUUCAUUAAGCAAAACUGUCAUACAGUCAAUCAUCUCGUCAAGCAAUAAAGAUGCUGAAUAUCAUAACAAAUUAAGGAAAGGAGUUGCUACCAUAAAUCAAAGUUUAAAACAAGGCUCUCCUGUACACACACUAAAGGCACUGCAAUCGAUAGCUUCUGAUCUUCCUCCAUUACUAGACUUUGCUGCACAACUCUACCAUGAAGAGAUGGCUGCCAUUCGUUUGGAUGCUCAGGAUGACUUGAGUCUGGAGGAAAUACAAGGCGGUGUUCGAAUGCUGUCUGCUGUAGCGCGGGUUAAUGCUGCCCUUGAUACAAAUAAUCCUGCAGAGGUGUGGCACUACCUGUCUGAUACUCAUACAUAUUUGGAGUCUCUUGAAGAAAGUCAUUUCCGUGAGUACUGCUCUGCUUUGGAUACUGCACGCCAAUUCAAGAUUGCAUCUCAAGAUUCUAGCGACUUUCUCACUUACUAUGACCUUCAGCAAAUUGUAGAUGAUGUUAACUUGAGGUUGCGUGAAGAUAGGAAAAAGGUUGGAGCAUUAACUGCAGUAAAUGCAAAUGUCAUUGGAGGCAGUGUGGAGGGAACAAUGGCAGCACUCAAACAGCUGGGUCUUCAGUUAUCCUCUCUACAUGAUCAGGAUUCUCUACAUUACUACCAGGUUCUCAAGUUACUUAAGGAUGCUAAAUGUGAGAAGCUGAGAGACAGUGCAGCAGAACUGUGGCUCGAGGACAUAGAAGAGGUCGUUGAUGCAGUAAGAAGACAUGCAGAAGAAUCCACCAAUGUUGCAGUUUUUCUGGCCCGUCUUAACAAGGCUUUGGCACGUGGUGAUGAUUCUGCCAUUGUUGACCUUCUUGGGUAUCCAAUUUUAUCACAUUUACAUAUUAAAGCAAAUUAUAUUGUGGGUGUCCUGAUACUACUGAAAGCACUAUUCAGGAAAAAGGCCACAGUUUCUCCCAAGUGCCCAUGGAUUUCAUACACUUUAAGUGAUGGCUCUGAGGUGUUCCUAAAUGUGGAAUGUAGUCAGUAUCAGUGGGAGAAACCAAGUGAGGUGGUAGCAGCACACGCAAGCCAGUAUGUCACUCAUGUGGACCUUGAAGAGGCUGUAUCAUCUAUCAUUAAACAAGAGGCUCGUAACAGGCAGGUAGACAGCACAAUGGUCAAAUUCCAGGCCAGAGCACGAGGUUGGCUGACAAGGCAGCGCUUACAAAGGCAGAAAAAUGCAGCGGUUAUUAUACAGGCUUGGUGGCGUAUGGUGCAAGCUCGCCGCACAUAUAUCAUGUAUUGCAAGGCAUUAAAGACGUUUGAACCCCUCAUCAUCAAUCUUCAGAGAGCAGCAAGGGCAUACUUAUUUCGCAAGAGAAUAAAGGACUUGUCCUUGUAUUUUAAUAAACAUGAGAAUCAAGUGGUUAAGAUUCAGAGGUUGUGGCGUGCUUAUAAGGCUCGCCAAGAUCUGCAUUCACUGACACAUCAGGAUGAUCCACCCUUGCCCGUCAUCCGCAAGUUCAUUAAUUUACUAGAUGUUUCUUCCAGUGAUUUAGAUGAAGAAUUCAGACUGCAGAGAGUGAAGAGUGACAUGGUGAAGACAAUUCGACACACUCAUCAUUUGGAGACCGCAGUAGAUGAGCUUGAUGUCAAGAUUGGAUUGUUGGUUCACAAUCGCAUCACUUUACAGGAUGUCCUUCUAGUGGACAAGGAAAAUAUGAAUCCCAAUGUUCCAGAGUCUAAAUCACGAAAGAGCAGAAAAGGCCUUAAAGAUACGUUAAAGUGUGGGACAGUACGUACCCAGAGAGGACUGAAGGCACUCAAGAAAGAAUCCAGAGAGAAGCUUCUAUGCUACCAGCAUCUGUUUUACCUCCUGCAGACUUCGCCUCAUUAUCUCGCUACUCUCAUAUUUGCCAUUCCUCCAGGCAAAACUACCAAGUUUAUAGAGAAUGUAAUCUUUACUCUGUACAAUUAUGGGGCGAAUGAUCGUGAUAAUUAUUUACUCUUGAAAUUAUUCAAAACUGCACUCGAAGAAGAGAUAAGGUGUAAGGUUCUUCGUUUGAGUGACAUAGUAUCGGGCAAUCCCCUGGUAGUGAAGAUGAUUGUAUCCUUCAACAGAAAAGGGGCAGGACAGGCUUCAUUGAGAGAUAUGUUGGGACCACUCAUUCACAAGGUCCUUGGUGAUACUAACAUGCAGAUCAACACCAAUCCUGUUGAGAUUUAUAAGACUUGGAUCAAUCAUCUGGAAAUGAACUCUGGACAAACCAGUGGUCUACCAUACACUGUGAACCAGGAUGAAGCUAUGCAGCACCCUGAAGUUCAGAAGAGAUUGGCUCAGGCCAUCACUACACUGAAAGAAGUCACUUUAGCAUUUUGUCAACAAAUUACAGCCAACAGGGAUCUCAUACCAUAUGCCAUGCUCUAUAUGGCGCGUGUUAUGAGGUGUGCACUCCAGCGCCGCUUCCCUCAUGUUCAAGAGAAGGAGAUACUGAAGGUGGUGGGAAAUCUUGUCUAUUAUCGCUAUAUCAACUCUGCAAUUGUGGCUCCUGAUGCUUUUGACAUUGUGACUGUAACUCCUGAGCAAAAAUUAAACAAUAACCAGCGUCGCAAUCUUGCCAGCAUUGCAAAAAUUCUUCAAUUUGCUGCUUCUAAGAAGGGAUUUGGUGAUGAAGCAUCACAUCUAAAGUGCCUCAAUCCUUUCAUUGUGGAGUGCCACGAGAAGUUCAAGACUUUCUUUCGUCAAUGCUGCGAAGUGGACGAGCCAGAAGCAGUGUAUAAUGUUACACAGUACUCUGAGGCAACACUAAUUGUUAAGCCAACUAUUUACAUUACUGUGCAGGAAAUAUGUGAGACCCACCAGUUGUUAUUGGACCAUGAAGAAAUUCUUGCUCCUGAUAGCAGUGACCAUCUUCACAUUUUGUUAUCAGACCUAGGAGAGCGCCCAUCAGUGCAGAGUCUGGUUGGAGAAGCAAUUGAGUCAGGAUCAGGCACAGUUGGUCGAAUGGAGGUGUGUCUUGCCCUGACUAACAAGUUUGAUUUGACUGAAAAAACAGAAGAUAAAGAUGUCAAAGAUUCUAACAAACUCUUUAAUAGAACAAGGCAACUCUUGAUAGAUGUCAUAAAGUGUGUUGAGGGGGGAGUAGUUGGAGAGCUGGUUACAGGUCCAACUCUGCCACCUCAAGAAGAAAAGUACCGAAGCAUCAUCCAUACUCGUAAUCUACAAGAGCAUCAAGCUAAAAUGAAUCAUACUGAACUCAACCGCUCAAAUUCGUUCCUUUCAGAAGCAAGAGUUAGUCUUCACGAAGUCAAGACCCGCUUGUGUCACAACCUUCGUCGACUAGAAAAUCAAGGUCUAAGUUCACGUGCAGACAAUUACCAGACACUUCUCAACGCCAUUGCAGGUGAUAUCGUUAAUCAAAGACAGCAUCGAAUAUGUAGAAAAAUGGAACUUCAGAGAUUGUUAGCAACUGCCAAACAGCUUGAGGAAAAAGAAAAUUUUUAUAAGGAACAGCUCGACUCCUAUCAGACAUACCUGAAAACCUGUCUUCAAAAUAUUGCUGCCAGAAACAAGAAUGUACAUCAAAUGUAUGGUAAACAGGGUGGAGAAAAAGCCCGAUCUAAGCAGACUAUCAAAUAUACUGCAACAAAGCUCAUGGAAAAAGGUGUGCUGUUGCAUGUUGAAGAUCUUCCAGAAGCCCAGCAGAAAAACCUUUUAUUUGAGAUAACUCCCUUAGCUACAACAGGAAUUUUCUAUGUACAGGCCAAGUUUAUGGGUGUCUCCAUGGAAAAUGUUGAGAUCGACAUCCAGGAAUUGCUCCAGUUACAGUAUGAAGGUGUAAGUGUCAAGAAAAUGUUCUCUAAAGUUGAAGUCAAUGUCAACCUACUUAUAUACUUGCUUAAUGCCAAGUUCUACUCAAAGAAGAAGAAAUAAGUUUUUAAAGUGAAACAAUUUGAAAGAUCAUUGGAGUUUGAUAUACUUGAAAUUUUUUUUAAAUAGUCGCUUAGUGUGUGAAUAAGUGGGAAUGUUCUUGUAAAUUAUUAAAGAAAAAUUUACAUAGUAGUUAAAAAUUUAGUGUUACAACUUCAGUCAAGCAAUUUAAAGUCUGUGUUGCUCUUUCAGAUAUAGAUUACUGUAUAUAUGUUUAUUGUGUCUGUUUAAUGCCUUUGUGGAAUUAGAUGUCAAUUUUAUGAGCCACCCGCCAUUUUACAUAAAUUAUGGAGUUAUUUUUACUUCUUUAAAAGUAUUCUUGUUAAAUUUUUGCACAAUAUUAUAUAGCAGAACUUAUCUAGCAAGCUAUGAAUGAGAAAUCACAUGGUAAAGUUUGCAGUAGUCGGUAACAAAAUAUUAUGCAAAACGUUCAAGAUUUUGUUUUCAUUAAAACAAAUGACGUGUCAUUAUUAUCAAUUUCCACUUAUAAAGGCUGUAUAGAAACUUCCUCUUUCUGUUGGAAUAUUACAAAACAAACAUUACUUUUAUACUUUAUAAGCUUAAAAACAAAAUACAGCAGCAUAAUAUUUAUCAUACAGAAUAAUUAGGGAAAUUGUUAAUGUCAGUCCCUGACUUGUAUAUUGCUACCUUCCAUGUUGAGACCUUGCUUUCUAGGGAAUCUUCCCAUCCUUGAAGAACUGAUUUAAGGCAGUCUUCAGACAUUUCAGAUGCCCUCAUUUCAUAAAGAAUGUGAUGCAUUUUAAACAUUUAGCCAAAGACUUUCAAAUGUUGGAUUGGUCAUCAUACUAGAGAUUGUCGUUCCUCACCCUGAAAAACGUGUGGAUAGAGUGAGGUUUGCCUGACGUUUACAUACAGCUGGCCAGGUAUUAGGGUACAAUUAAGGAUGAGAAAAAUGAGUAAAAUAGUUCCUCUAUGAUUGAAAUCCGUUUGUAUGUAUUUUUAUUUUGCUUUCUAAUUCAAUACUGUACAAUUAAUUUUUGCAGAUUUGUCUUUAGUAACUGUCAUUAUAGGCUCUGCUUACUCUAUCCAGUAGUGUUAUAGUUUUUGUUUCCUAUUUAUGUAAAAGUGAAAAAUUCUCAAGGUUUUAAGAUUUUAUAUUUUAAUCAGAUUUGUUAAAAUUCAAGAAAUUCCCAACAUCUAAAAGCCAUUGAGCUAUAUGUACUUCAUUUCUUUGCCAUAUCAUUCUAAACCAUUCAUAAAGGUGCUAUUUCAUAGAAUUAUUCCUAGUAAAUAAUGGUAACCACUUAGAAAAGUUUAUUAUAGUACUACUAUGCCAGACAACAGUUUAUAUCAAGAUGGACAAUCAAAUACAUCAUCUUUUUUAUAAGUGCACAUAUUAUUUAUAUUUCUUCUAUGUUUUAUCUAUUUCCUAUAACUUUUUUCCCAAAGACAAAAUGGAAAGGAUUUAGUACAAAGAAGUCCUUAUUCAAUUAUUGUCUAUUCUUCAGAUACAAUACAUUCAGUAAGUUUAAACAGGUUCUUCCACACAAAUGAAAACUACAGUACAUAGUCUUCCAGUCAUUAGCAUCUUUUAUCUUGUACAUCACCUUCAUAUAAGCCUAUAUGCUUUCUGUACAGCAUUGUAUAUACACCAUAUAAAAGUAUGGUAAUUUUCUUUGUUUUACUCCGGAUCAUUUGUAUUAAUAUUAUCCUAUUAAAAUAUUGUAAAUUAUCAUUUAACAUUACACAUUUGGUGCACCAUCAGUUUGUUUUCAAGCCAUUCACAAUGUAAUUUUUCAUGCACAUCAAUAAGUACUUGCUUCUUAAAUAUAUUUAAGUUUUCUUACAGGAUUUUUUUUUUUUUUUAAGUUCAUUUCAUUUUCCUAUUGUAUAAUUUUCUUUACUGUUCUUUUUCUUGCUUAUCACAUUCCAUUCAGUACAGUACUACCAAAUUUGGAUAUUUAUCUUAUAUUUUCUCACCUAGUACAAGUAUGUGCUUCAUACGAUUCUCUCUUAAACUUUUCCAGUUUAAACCAUUUUAUUUAUAUAAUUUUCCUUGUAAACCAUUUUUAGUACUUCAUUUGCUCUUGGCUUUACUUACUAAUUCCUUAACUUUUGACCAUCUUAAACUGAGCAAGUCAUAAUAUGAAGACUCAACUUUUAAUGGUUUUUAUUGCUUUUCAAACCUCAUCUUAUUCUUUUACCAACAUUUCUAUUCGAAUAUCACAUCCACUUGUUAGCUGUUGUCUAUUACCCCAAAUUUUCAUAUCAUAUAACUGAUUUUCCCACUUUGGUUCAUUUUAAAUCAAAGUUCAAAAUGUAAAACCACUACUUACUUCAUCCUGUCCCAAUAUAUAUAACAUGAAUAGAUGAACUUUUUUUCCUCCAGACUAAUUACUGUCUCUUAAAUCCGUUGUUUUCCUUUCAUUGGAAGUUAUAUGCCCGAAUUCUUGAUGUACUGUAUUUGUCAUAUCUUCAGUGGGUCAAAAUUGGGAGUAUAUUUUCAUGUACAGUAAAGUAGGAUCCUGAUUUUACAGUGGGUUGCCUUAGAGGGAAAAUAAAAUGAAUCUUCAGAUCAUUAAAUUUCUGUAAGGCAUUUGUUUAAAAAAAAAAAGUGCUUAAAAAUUGGAUUGUGCAGUAUACCAUAAAACAGUAGUAUCAGGAUCAUGCUAAAGCCCUUACUUUUUUUCUAAGUCAUAUUACUUUUAUAAUCCUUUACAGAGAUCCAGUCAUCCUGUAUUUAUAUUACAGUACUGUACUUUUAUUUUGCUCUAUUUUGCCAUGUAUGAUUGUGUACAUUGUUACCAAAAAUUUUAUAUCUUAAGUGGUUAUUAUGCUGUCAUUUACACUGAAGGGUUUAGACAAGAACAGUAGGCUAGAAAUUUAUUAAAAUUUAUGUGCCAAUUUCUACUAAUAUGAAAAUGAACAUGACUGAGAAAGGUUUUAUUACUUAGGUGCCAAAAUUGUACUACUACUGUUCUUGAUUAUCUCAGGUUGUUUUAAUUUGACAGUAAUUUAGUUUCUUCUAAUAUAUUUGUAAUUUGUUUAGCUGCUCUUUUGUCACAAUAUCUAAACAAAUUAUUCAUAAUGUGGAAUUAUACUAUUUUAUUUUAUCUUUAGUCAACAAGACUUAAGAUUCAAACAUAAUAAACAUUGAUUUUA